GCUCGAUUGUCAUUCUCUACUUGUUGUUGAAACUUCGGCGGUCUAAGAGCAUUAACUUUCAACGCUUCAAAGCUUCAAGUGGAAAAAUAAGCAUUACCUCGCACAACGUCCCCACAUGCUGUCAGCCUUGCUGAGCCUGCAUCGUAUCCGCUCAACCUGCCGAAUAUGAGUGCACCGGGACUUUUUGGAGAUUUGUGACAGAAGACGGCCUUGCCUUGGAGCGACGCCUCCUUUACACUUCUACGAGGUCCAGCACCUCAAUGUCGAGGACCGCAACCAGCAUCGUUUAUCCUCAUUCCCACAACACCAUGGCCUAUUUAUUUCGGGCCCCUUGCGAGAUCGAUGGGUGUGACGCCGAUGUUGCGCGCUUGGCAGAUAUGCAGCGUCACGUUAAGGAGCAUCAUAAGAGCCCCUUAGUUUGUCCUGCGGCCAGUUGUAGCUGGCGUGGAGUAAAGCGAAAGGGAAGACUGGAAAGCCAUCUCCUCAAAGCACAUGCAGAUAUCCAUAUGGGAGUUGAGCUUAUUGUUCCCAAUGAUUUUGGAACAAACUCCCCCGAACCAUCCCCCUUCCUUCUUGCACAGGUUGCGCAACCCCAGAGCCCAGUGGCAGGAGCAAUAAUAACCUCCAAGGAUAAGGAUUUUUAUGAAGCCGAAUCAGAAUACUCAAAUCAUGGAGACAGCAGCGAGCCAACUCAGAGCCUAAUUUCAUCGCCGGUGUCCCGUUCUGUCUCUGCCAGAGGAGAUAGGGUCGUCUUAACUGGUCGAGUCUCCAGAUCUGCAGCCGAGUCGAUACCGAGCUCGUCGAACUUGGGUAAAAUCGCUGACCUUUUCUCUGAGCAGGAUAUUAAGCUCCCACCAGUUAGUGACAAACUCCCAUCCUUCGGUGCUGCGCCCCGGGAUUCAGCAUACCCUGCCGAGGAAUGUUUGAGAACACAGAGGGGGCCUCUUCCGAUACUCGAGUCUAUGCGGAUGCUCCGCUCUUGCUUUCGUACACCGGAGGGGGCAAUACCGACACACUGGGAUUCGGGUUCCCACGAACGGACACAAGCUGCUCGAGACUCAAGUCCCCAAGAGAGGCAACCUAGAGGUCAAGAGGAUGUUGAUUUUGACGCUCCUCGAACGCAUAUGACCGAACGAAUGAUACAGGGAGACGGGGGCGAUGGCUUCUCUCUCCCCAGCCUCGUAAACAACAUGGCGGUCUACUCAGAGCUCUUUAAUGGCUCAGAAGAGGAGUUUAUCGGAAAGGUAUUCGAGGAGAAUGCGGAUUUGACCUCGCGAUUCCCAGCUACAUUGACGGACUCCCAGGGCCAGGGCAGCAACAAUAGCAACCAAUCGAACCCAACGCCUCCCAGAUCAUUGCCACAACCAAAAGACGGCUCUCAGGGGACAGGAACGUCAAACAAGAGGAAACGAGGUGAAGACGAUGAGGGAGAAUCGAACCACCCGAAUAAACCACGGAAAUAUGGACGACACGUGGGGUGCGAGCCAUACGAGCAGGAACAUCAGCGAGGUCGGAGCAGUGUGUCAAAAAAUAAUCAAAGCUAAUUAAUUAUAAUUAAUUAGCUUUGAUUAUAAUUAAGUAUGAUUUGAUUAGCUUGAUUUUGACUUGAUUUGAUUAGGAUUAGGA